CCGGCUGCUGGGAGACGGGCUCACACUCUGUGACUUGGGAGACUCGCACGCAAUUGGAACUGAAACUCCCUGCCCUCUCGUCUGCGGACCGGUGCUGGCCCUGGAUGCUGCCUGACCUGAGUUUCCUGAGUUUUAUCUCCCUGAGGACUUCAGAGCUAAUUAUCUUGGGUUACACAGGCUGGAGACCAGCUACUUGCCUGAACAGGGUAGGUGAAGAAGAUGGUUGUGGUCAACAAGAUCUGUUGCAUUGGAGCAGGAUACGUCGGAGGUCCAACCUGCAGUGUCAUUGCGCAGAUGUGCAAGAACAUCACCGUAACCGUGGUGGAUGUGAAUGCCGAGCGGAUUAAGGCCUGGAAUUCCAACCAUCUCCCUAUCUUUGAGCCUGGCCUUCAGGAAGUGGUGGAGAGCUGUCGAGGACAAAAUCUCUUCUUCUCCACCGACAUUGACAGUGCGAUUAAAGAAGCUGACCUCAUCUUUAUUUCGGUAAACACCCCCACAAAGACCUUUGGGAUUGGGAAAGGCCGAGCCGCGGACCUGAAGUACAUUGAGGCCUGUGCCCGGAGGAUAGCAGAGGUGGGCAAUGGCAGCAAGAUCGUGGUGGAGAAGAGCACGGUGCCAGUGAGGGCUGCUGAGAGCAUCCGCCGGAUAUUCAACGCCAACACCAAGUCCAGCCUGAACCUUCAGGUGCUCUCUAACCCUGAGUUUCUGGCUGAAGGAACAGCGAUCGCUGAUCUGAAAAAUCCCGACAGAGUACUGAUUGGUGGAGACGAGACACCAGAAGGUCAAAAGGCCAUUCUGGCCCUCAAGAGCAUCUAUGAACAUUGGGUGCCAGAGAACAAGAUCAUCACAACCAACACUUGGUCAUCGGAGCUCUCGAAACUGGCUGCCAACGCCUUCCUUGCUCAGCGAAUCAGCAGUAUUAACUCUAUCAGUGCCUUGUGCGAAGCGACGGGGGCCGAUGUGGAAGAAGUGGCUCAUGCCAUCGGCACUGACCAGAGGAUUGGAAGCAAGUUCUUAAAAGCCAGCGUCGGCUUUGGGGGCAGUUGCUUUCAGAAAGACGUCUUGAACCUGGUUUACCUCUGCGAGGCUCUCAAUUUGCCGGAAGUGGCCAGAUACUGGCAGCAGGUGAUCGAGAUCAAUGAUUACCAGCGGAGGAGGUUUGCUGCUCGGGUAAUUGGCUGCCUUUUCAACACUGUUACUGAUAAGAAGAUCGGGUUGUUGGGAUUUGCCUUCAAGAAAGACACUGGAGACACAAGGGAGUCUUCCAGUAUUUACAUAUCCAAGUACCUCCUGGAUGAAGGAGCCAGGCUGCACAUCUUUGACCCGAAAGUGAAGAAGGAACAAAUUAUUCAAGACCUGAGUCAUACCAGUAUUUGCGACGAUGAUCCUGACAGAGUGUCUCGGCUGGUGACUGUCUCAUUGGACCCCUAUGAGGCGUGCAAGAACGCCCAUGCCAUUGUCAUCUGUACGGAAUGGGAUAUGUUCAAGGAGCUGGACUAUGAGAGGAUCUACAAGGCGAUGCUGAAACCAGCAUUUAUCUUUGAUGGUAGGCGCAUAUUGGAUAGUCUUCAUGAGAAGCUCCAGCACAUUGGUUUCCAGGUCGAAACCAUUGGAAAGAAGGUGACUGAGAGGAUACCCUUCACUGCGAACAAAGAUAUCUCAAGGAUUGAUUUGCAAGCCCCUGCUGCCAAGAAGCUAAAGAUUUAAUGUCCUCUAUGGCAUUCAUUUGAGCAUUUUAUAACUCAAUAUGUCUUUUUUUAUAUUUUCAAUCUACAUCCAUUGUACUCAAAACACUAAUGAAAUACACUACAGUUUUUAGAUAGUUUUUUUUUAAGAAUUCACUAAGGGCUUUGUCAAUUAGAAUUUUUGUUAACCUUUUGAUUUGGAAAAGGCUUGUUCUCAAGGUAACAUUGAAAUUUUGGAGUAUGCACUCGUUACAUGAAUCUGGUCUGAUCCAUGAGACCAUUAUUAAAUAAGCUAUCCUGAAUCUUUAAUCAGAUCUCAAUGAACAAGGGAGCAACUCCUAAUGCAGGAUCUUGACCCGAAAUGUCGACCCUCCAUUUCCCUCCGCAGAUGCUGCCUGCCCUGCUGAGUUCCUCCAGCAUUUUGUUUUUUGCUCCAGAUUCCAGCCUCUUCAAUCUUUCGUCUCUUUUGACAGGUCUCCCUAGCUAUCUCUUUGUCGAGCUCUGAUUGGAUAUUUUUGUGGAAUUGAGAUCACAUGACCUCUUGCGUCCAACCAUCCCUUUUCCCCACCUCCCACGUCUCUUGCUAUUGGUUCUCCCACAUCUCUACCCUUACACCUGAAAGCAACUGGAGAUCAGAUAAUGUCUUCCAUUGCCUAAUUGGUUUGAUGGCCUCUUCUCACCCUAAAAGUGGUUUAAUUAAGUUUGUUUUUAAUAAAUAGGCAUUAUUUUCUUUAAUUUGGCUAUGAUUUCUAUCCUGGGUUUAUUGUUGGUAAGUUCCUGGAGAGUUGGUGGGUGAUUUCUAGGUAUGGAUAUAGAGUUGACAUCUUGGGACAGACUGAGUGGUGUUCUCUUUAAGAAGCCACCUGCUUGUUUAAACAUAUGUAUUUUAUAAUUUGUUUAAAGUAUUUUUAAACAGUUACUGCUACAACUUUACAUGGAAGCUAGAGAAACAAGUCAGAAAUACCCAACCCAUGUGGUAAAUCUGUAAAAUGAUUUUAAUAACUUGGGAGAAAUGCCUGGUGAGAAUUAGUAACCAAAUGAAUUUUAACGUUGUACUUUAAUCUAAGGACACCUAUUGGAAAACAGUGAUGCAUUUAGAAGUAUGACCAUACUAUUGUAAUAGGAGCAGGAGUAGCUGAUCCACCUCACAGUGUCUUGCCUACCUCAAGCUCAUUCCUGCCCCAUCAUCUCCUCCCUGACACUUGUUGGCCUAAUUACAAAUGCAUUUGACGUUGGACAUUCACAGCCCUUUGCGGUCGAGAAUUCAAAGAUUUGAAACCCGCUGGACAAAUUUCUCUUCUCAGGCCUUAAAUGAUUGACUCCAUGUCCUGAUGUGCCCAUUGGUUGUAGAUUCUCCAAGGAGUCAUUGAGUUACACAGCAUGGAAAUGGGCCUUUCGGCCCAACUCAUACAUACUGACCAAGUUGCCUAUUUGAGCUAGUCCAUUUUCCUGCAUUUGGCCCAUAUCCCUCUGAACCUUUCCUACCCAUGUACCUGUCCAAGUGUCGUUUUAAACAUUGUAAUUGUCCCCGCCUCCACCUCCUCCUCUGGCAGCUCGUUCCUCAUACCCACCACCCUCUGUGUGGAAAACCUGCCCCUCAGGUCCCCUUUGAAUCUUUUCCCUGUCACCUUAAACCUCUGCCCUUUAGACUCCCCUACCUUGUGGUGGGGUGGGGGAAGGACUGCAACCAUUCAAUUAUUUAUGCCCUCAUGAUUUUAUAAACCUCUAUAAGGUCACCCCUCAGUUUCCAGAGUAAACAGUCCCAGCCUAUCAAGUCUCUAUAACUCAAACCGUCCAGUCCCAGCAAGAUCCUUGUGAACCUUUUCUGCACCUUUUUCCAGCUUAAUGACCUCCCUCCUAUCAGUAGUUACCAGAACUGCACAGUAGUGCCCUCUAGUACCCCAGUAACUAACCUGUCCAUCUCCCUCAGAAUUGGCACGGUCACUGUGGACCAAAGACCCUGUUGUUUUGCUGUGUGAGUCUAAUCUUCUGUAUUUUAGUCUUCACGCAACAUGUAAAGCCUUGCACUCCAGUCUCCCAAUCCAAACAAUGGCUAAAUAGAGAAAUGAGGAGCAUCCAACAGCAGAUCUUUACGGGGCAGAUAGACGUCAGGACUUCGUGGCUCCAACUGACUCCUGAGUGAUCUCACACCUUCCAUGAGAUGUGCAGGUGGCUACGUCAUCUGCAGCCUGUGUGAGUUCUCCACUGUCUUCAGUGAGGGGGAGUUAGAAGCCGGGGACCUCUGCAGGAGGGUGGCUGAUGAGGUCUCCACGUUGAAAGUGUCCCAGUUUUAUUUCCAUCUGCCAGUUAAAGCAGCAGUACUUUUCAGUGAGAUUAUCGCUCAUUCCUUGAGAUGUUAAUUUAUAAGAGUUUGGAAUCUAAUGUAAAACAAAAUUAGAAAAUGCUGGACAUACUCAGCAGGUCAGGCUGCAUCUAUGGGAGGGGAAAAACACAGUCAACUUUUCGGGUCAGAGACCCUUCGUCAGAACUGAAAAGGAGACAAAAGAUUG